GAACGGGGCCGGCGAAACCGCGACGGUGACUCGAACCCCCUCUUCUUCACACACCCCGCCAUCACCGUUGGUCUCCGCAGCACAUCCCAACUUCUUGGCUCGCUAGCUCCACCGACCCCUCGGCGGAGGGAGACCCUGAAAACCAUACCUAUGUAGGGUUCUUAUUUCACAUUCUGAGCACGAUCGCCCCCCUCUGUCUUCUGGGCCUCUUCGCCGCCUUUGCUGCUGGGUGAUCCGAUCGUCUGGACUUCCCGCGCGCGACAUGGAUCCCUCCAUCGCCUCCGAGCUCGCCAAAUGCGCCGACGACAUCCCGUUCCGCGCCGUGCGCAACCACGUUCAUACCACCUGGGCCAAGACGUUUCUGUCCCGGCCGGAGCUCUAUCUGCAGCCGCAAUCGCUCGCUGAAAUCGAGAAGAUUGUCAAAAUUGCGCACAAAUGUCGCCGCCGCAUCGCGACGACCGGCUGCGGCCACUCGCCCAGCUCCUUGACCUGCACCUCCUCGUGGCUGGUGAAUCUCGACAAGUACAAUCGCAUCUUGUCUGUCGAUACUGCCACCGGCGUCGUCGUCGUGCAGUCGGGCAUCCGGCUGUACGCCCUUUGCGAGGAGCUGGAGAAGUACGGCUUCGCGAUGCCAAACCUGGGCAGCAUUAACCAACAGUCCAUCGCCGGCGCCAUCUCCACCGGCACCCACGGAUCCAGCCUCAGGCACGGCCUCAUGUCCGAGGACGUCCUCUCCCUCCGCAUCACCAUCGCCGACGGUACCACCAAACUCUGUUCCCCAGAGAGAAACCCCGAGCUGUUCCGCGCUUCUCUCCUCUCGCUAGGCGCGCUCGGCGUCGUCACCGAGAUUACGUUCCGCGCCGUACCCGCAUUCACCUUGCGGUGGCAGCAAGUCAUCGACGCUGACGUGAAGAUUUUCAAUGCGUGGGAGAAGGACCUCUGGACGCAAACCGAGUUCGUCAGAGUUUGGUGGUAUCCCUACACCCGACGCGCGGUGGUGUGGUCGGCGGAGAAGACGGAUGAGCCGCUUAUAGAACCCAAAGUGUCCUACUAUGACGGCACUAUCGGGUACUACGUCUACCACAACCUGCUGUACAUCUCGCAGUUCUUCCCGCGCAUACUCCCAUGGGUCGAGUGGUUUGUUUUUGGCAUGCAAUACGGCUUCCAGAACGGCACGACCAGCAGCGCCGUUCAACCCAGCCGGAAAGCGCUGUUGAUGAACUGUCUGUACUCGCAGUUCGUGAACGAGUGGGCCAUCCCUCUGCACAGAGGGCCCGAGGCCCUCCGACGUCUGAGCAGCUGGCUCAACCAACUCCCCUCUUCGGAUCCGGACUACGUACCGCACAACAUCCCCUUUCACGCCGGAGGACUCUACGUGCACGCGCCGGUCGAGGUGCGGGUAUCCGACACCUCGCCUUCUAACCCAAAGUCCUCAACGCCGAACAGCAGGCCCUACCUCGACCCGACGGUCGAAGAUGGCCCAACGCUGUAUCUCAACGCCACCCUCUACCGGCCCUACCACACGGACCCGCCGUGCCGGGACCGGUACUACGAAGCCUUCGAAUGGCUGAUGCGGGAUAUCGGCGGACGACCGCACUGGGCUAAGAACUUUGAGACGUAUGGGCCGGCGAUCGAAGACAUGUAUGGUGACCACCUCGUCGAGUGGCGCCAGGUCCGGGAGAGCGUCGACCCGGAUGGCAUGUUUGUGGGCGCGUGGCACCGUCGGCAUGUCCUAGCCAGCGGGCCCCAUCUCCCGCUCGAGGAGGUAGAGGUUAAGCGCGAAGACAAGCCGCGCGUAGGCGUCGUGUUCGAGGGCGCCGUCGGGACCGGACAGUAAGUGGCCAUGCUUGCCUGCUUGGCAUAGUUAGCGGUGCGGGAGACUAUUCUAGGUGCUGUCCGGAAACAUCUAGUUCCUCAUCACCGACAUGUACUAUAUAUGGUACGACCUAUCGUGAGGAGUACCACACAUUAUCCCUCUCCUCUUGUUAGAGUUCUUCAUAGCCCCACGGUGUUUAUACAAGCCAUACUCAUAGAGCUAUACACCUUCUUCCU